UCAGGGGAGCAGCGCGACUGAGCACCCCAGAACCUGCGCUCAGAUCCCUGAUCCCAGGACCCCUAUCAGGGAGCACUCGCUGGCCUCAUCUGUGCUUCCACCCGUGCCCCUACCUCUCCAGUAGCCAGCGGCAGUCUGAGAACCACCUUUCGAAAGAGACACACAUGCACAUCGCCAGACCAAACCCCCACGUCACACCACUGUGGCACCUCCGGCUUAGAAUGCUGGGCCUGCAGGCUUCAGGAGGGGGCGCAAGCAUGGAGCGGCUUUGGGGUCUACUCCAGAGAGCGCAACAACUGUCCCCAAGAUCCUCUCAGACGGUCUACCAGCGUGUGGAAGGCCCCCGGAAGGGGUGCCUGGAGGAGGAAGAGGAAGACAGGGAGGAGGGGGCGGAGACACUGGCCCACUUCUGCCCCAUGGAGUUGAAGGGCCCUGAGUCCCUGGGCUCUAGACCUGGGCAGCCAAACCUCAUUCCCUGGGCGGCAGCAGGACGAAGGGCUGCCCCCUACCUGGUCCUGAUGGCCCUACUGAUCUUCACUGGGGCCUUCCUUCUGGGCUAUGUCACCUUCCGAGGGUCCUGCCAGACGUGUGGGGACUCCGUAUUGGUGGUCAGUGAGGAUGUCAACUAUGAGACCGGACUGGAUUCCCACGGAGGCACACUGUACUGGAACGACCUCCAGGCCAUGUUCCUGCGGUUCCUGGGGGAGGGGCGCCUGGAAGACACCAUCAGGCAAACCAGCCUUCGGGAACGGGUGGCAGGCUCGGCCGGGAUGGCCGCUCUGACUCAGGACAUCCGCGUGGCGUUCUCCCGCCAGAAGCUGGACCACGUGUGGACCGACACGCACUACGUGGGGCUGCAGUUCCCAGACCCUGCUCACCCCAACACCCUGCACUGGGUCGAUGAGGCCGGGAAGGUUGCAGAGCAGCUGCCGCUGGAGGACCCCGAAGUCUACUGCCCCUACAGUGCCAUCGGCAACGUCACGGGAGACCUGGUGUACGCCCACUACGGGCGGCCUGAAGACCUGCAGGAGCUGCGGGCCAGGGGCGUGGACCCGGCAGGCAGCCUGCUGCUGGUGCGCGUGGGAGUGAUCAGCUUUGCCCAGAAGGUGACCAAUGCUCAGGACUUCGGGGCUCGAGGAGUGCUCAUAUACCCGGAGCCAGCGGACUUCUCCCAGGACCCACACAAGCCGAGCCUGUCCAGCCAGCAGGCUGUGUAUGGACACGUGCACCUGGGAACCGGAGACCCCUACACGCCUGGCUUCCCUUCCUUCAAUCAAACCCAGUUCCCUCCAGUGGCAUCAUCAGGCCUUCCCAGCAUCCCAGCCCAGCCCAUCAGCGCAGACAUUGCCUCCCGCCUGCUGAGGAAGCUCAAAGGCCCUGUGGCCCCCCAGGAAUGGCAGGGGCACCUCCUAGGCUCCCCUUAUCACCUGGGCCCUGGGCCAGGCAUGCGGCUAGAAGUCAACAACCACAGGACCUCCACCCCUAUCAACAACAUCUUUGGCUGCAUUGAAGGCCGCUCAGAGCCAGAUCACUACGUUGUCAUCGGAGCCCAGAGGGAUGCAUGGGGCCCAGGAGCAGCUAAGUCUGCUGUGGGGACAGCCAUACUCCUGGAGCUGGUCCGGACCUUUGCCUCCAUGGUGAACAACGGCUUCCGGCCCCGCAGAAGUCUCCUCUUCAUCAGCUGGGAUGGCAGUGACUUUGGGAGUGUGGGCUCCACAGAGUGGCUAGAGGGCUACCUCAGCGUGCUGCACCUCAAAGCUGUAGUCUACGUGAGCCUGGAUAAUGCAGUGCUGGGGGAUGACAAGUUUUAUGCCAAGACCAGCCCCCUUCUGACUAGCCUCAUCGAGAGUGUUCUGAAGCAGGUGGAUUCACCCAACCACAGUGGGCAGACGCUCUAUGAACAGGUGGUGUUCACCAAUCCCAUCUGGGAUGCUGAGGUGAUUCGGCCCCUACCCAUGGACAGCAGUGCCUAUUCCUUCACUGCCUUUGCGGGGGUUCCUGCUGUUGAGUUCUCCUUCAUGGAGGAGGACCAGGCCUACCCGUUCCUGCACACAAAGGAGGACACUUACGAGAAACUGCACAAGGUGCUGCGAGGCCGCCUGCCCGCCGUGGCCCAGGCUGUGGCCCAGCUCGCAGGACAGCUGCUCAUCCGACUCAGCCACGAUCGCCUGCUGCCCCUUGACUUCGGCCGCUACGGGGACGUCGUCCUCAGGCACAUCGGGAACCUCAACGAGUUCUCUGGGGAACUCAAGGCCCGCGGGCUGACCCUGCAGUGGGUGUACUCGGCGCGGGGGGACUACAUCCGGGCAGCAGAGAAGCUGCGGCAGGAGAUCUACAGCUCAGAGGAGAGAGACGAGCGACUGACACGCAUGUACAACGUGCGCAUCAUGCGGUCCCGGUCCUCUGGGUGCUCUCGUCCCAGUCCUGGACGCACGAUGCUCAUAGAUUGGUCAGGCUGGAAGACCCGAGCGAUCAAGUGAUGAAAUGGGCAGGGAAGGCCAGCCCCUUGGCCACAGUCGCCUGGCUUACGCCUGGCAGAACUGGGACAACCCACCCUCCUCCGCCCCUCCCUGCUGGCUCCCCUCCUAUAGCUCCCACUGCCUCCCCAACCCUUCUGGAAAGAAAAAGCAUGUCCACACUAUUCCACCGUACAGGGUUACAGCCUGGGAAGUGCAAAAGGUUAAAGAUUUUCAGAGUAUAAAGAAGUGUCUUCCUUCUGGUAAUGAAAUGGGUGAAAUCUAAGAAGCCUGCCUGGAGGGAGUGUCACGUGAAAAACAAGAGCUUAUUCCCUCACCAAUCCUUUCUGCUUAGCUUUGAAAUCUUUGCAGCUGCAGCCCGCACCCCACCUCCAGUUCCAACUCCUCUUCCUUCCAUUUCCUCACUCCAAGAACUCUACCCCUCAACCCUUUGACCUCAGGAAACGGGUGAGUAGGGACUGUGGCCAUGGGGAAAGGUCUGCAGGGCAAAAUAGGAAACGAGAUCGUCCUCAGUGAGUGUGGGGUGAGCUGGGAACUGCAGUGUACAUAGAGCCACGUGUGCACACACACUCAUGGUUUUCAGAGUGAGCAUGGUUAUCCCUUAGAGGCUCCUGUUCUUCCUCCUCCUCGCAUUUUCCUGCUUGCGCCCUCUGCCUGUCCUCCUUGGUAUUACUCAUUCCUUCUUUCCAUUUCCAAACCUGUUGCUUUUGCUCUUUCUCUCUCACCUAGACUAGAGUGCAGUGGCUGCAUCUCGGCUCACUGCAAUUUCCACCUCCUGGGCUCAAGCCAGCCUCCCACCUCAACCUCCCUAGUAGCUGGGAGUACAGGCAUGUGCCACCUCGCCGGGCUAAUUUUUGUAGAGACAGUGUUUUCCAUGUUGUCUAAGCUGGUCUCAAACUCCUGGGCUCAAGUGAUCCUCUCACCUUGGCCUCCCAAAUUGCUGGGAUUACAGGCGUGAGCCACUGCGCCCUGCCUUCUCCUCUCCUUCUCUUUGCUCUUUUCCCGCUCAUUCUCCUUUUCCCUUUGUCUUCUCUGCUGGGACACGGGUGACUGGGGUGAGGCACGGUUCAUUCUCAUUCACGGAUCUUGGUUUAAUCUCAGCUAUGUCAGUCAGGGUCCAGAAUAUAAAAAGACACUUUCAAAGUUGCCAAACCCCUGUCCCCACCAGGGAUAAAAGGGACCUGUGUGUAAGAUGCAUGACUCAGGCUCAGGGAUGGAGAGGGAAAGACUCGGGACUUCAGAGCCUGCAAUAUAGGGUUGGGCCAGACCCGGUGAAUUUUGUGGCUCUAGACCAGAGGUGAACUCGCGCCCACGGGCCAAAUUGAAACCAUUGCUUGUUUGCUUUUGUUUUUCUUUUCUUUCUUUCUUUUUUUUCUUUUUUUGACAGGGUCUCACUCUGUUGCCCAGGCUGGAGUGCAGUAGCACGAUCUGGGCUCACUGCAACCUCCACUUCCCAGGCUCAAGCAAUCCUCUCACCUCAUCUCAAACUCCCGAGUAGCUGGGACUACGAGGACACACCACCACACUUGGCUGAUUUUUAAAUUUUUUGUAGAGAUGGGAUCUCACUAUAUUGUCCAGGCUGGUCUUGAAAUCCUGGGCUCGAGCGACUUUCUCACCUCAGCUUCCCAUAGUGCUGGAAUUACAGGCAUGAGGCUCUGCUGCCUGCUGUUUUGUUUUGUUUUGUUUUGUUUUGUUGAGACGGAGUCUUGCUAUGUCGCCCAGACUGGAGUACAGUGGCUCGGCUCACCGCAACCUCUGCCUUCUGGGUUCAAGCAAUUCUCUGGCCUCAGCCUCCCGAGUAGCUGGGACUACAGGUGUGCACCACCAUGCCCAGCUAAUUUUUUGUAUUUUUAGUAAAGACACGGUUUCACCUUGCUGGCCAGGCUGGUCUCGAACUCCUGACUUCGUGAUCUGCCCGCCUCGGCCUCCCAAAGUGCUGGGACUGUAGGCUUGAGCCACCGCACCUGGCUGCUGCCUGUUUUUGUAAAUUAAGUUUUAUUGGAACACAGCCAUGCUCAUUGGUUUUCAUGCUCUCUAUGGCUGCUUUUGUGUAAUAGCAGCGUUAAGUAGCUGCCAUAAAAGCAGCAUGGCCGGCAAAGCCUAAAAUAUUUACUAUCUGGCAUUUCACAGAAAAAGUUGGCUGACCUUGGGUUUCGAUUGUGACUUGGAUCUUGAAGAACAGGCAGGACGUGGGUUAAUGCAAAGUAAAGAGGACGUUUCAGGGUGGAGAGACCCAGAAUUUGGGUGUGGUAGUGAAAUCAGUCUAGUUUUACUUGGAAGCAGGGUGUGGCCCAGCAGAGCCAGAAGAGGGGCCCCAUGGAGAGGCAGAGGGGAGGGGAGCACCAAAGGGGGUUGUUAAUCAGCCAUGGGGAGCCUUGAACACCAGGAUUAGAAGUUUGGAUGUUAAGAAUCUUGGCAUCCAGGGACGGUGGCUCAUGCCUGUAAUCCCAGCUCUUUGGGAGGCUGAGGCAGGCGGAUCACCUGAGUUCAGGAGUUUGAGACCAGCCUGACAUAUAUGGUGAAAACCCAUCUUUAAAAAAAAAAAAAAAAAAGUCUUGGCAUCAAGGAAAUUAGGGAGGUUUUUGAGCAGAGAGCUGAUGUAAGCAAAGGGGAGUUUUUAUUUUUAUUUAUUUAUUUUUUGGAGACAGGGUCUCACUGUCACCCAGACUGGAGUACAGUGGUGUGAUCCAGGCUCACUGCAACCUCUGCCUGUCGGGUUCAAGUGAUUCUCCCAUUUCAGCCUCCUGAGUAGCUGAGACUAUAGGCACCCACAACCAUGCCUGGCCAAUUUCUUUUUUUAUUUUAUUUUUUUGGUAGAGAAGAGGUUUCAUCAUGUUGGCCAGGCUGGUCUCAAACUCCUGACCUCAACUGAUCUGCUCACCUCAGCUUCCCAAAGUGCUGGGAUUACAGGCAUGAGUCACUGUGCCCGGCUGGGAGUUUGUGUUUUUGAAAUGGGGUUUCACUGUGUUGCCCAGAAUGGUAUUGAACUCCUGGGCUCAAGUGAUCCUCCCACCUUGGCCUCCUGAGUAGCUGGGACCAUAGGUGCACACCACCACACCCAACUAAUUUUGUAUUUUUAUUUUCAUAGAGACAAGGGUCUCCCUAUGUUUCCCAAGCUGGUCUCGAACUCCUGAGCUCAAGUGACCCUCCUACCUUUGGCCUCCCAAAGUGCUGGGAUUACACGCAAUGAGCUACCAUGCCCGAUAACAAAGUGGAGUUUUUUGGAGUGAUUUUGGUCAGAUUGCAAACGUCUUGAGAGUGGCAGGUAGCAGCAGAGGCUCGUAGGUGGGGACUGGACCAAUGUUAGGCAUUUGGAAGAGAAAUGGACAGAUUUGGUGUUGAGGGAAGCUGAGGCGAAUAAUGAUGAUAGUUGUCAUAGAAAAGAAUAAGAAUAAAAUAGCAGUUGCUGUGUGUGUGUGUGUGUGUGUGUGUGUGUGUGUGUGUGUGUGUGUUUGAGGGAAGAGGAGGAGAAUAAUAAUGAUAGUUGACAUAGAAGAAUAAUAAAAUGGCAGUUGCCUUUUUUUUGGAGAUGGAAUCUCGCUCUGUCGCCCAGGCUGGAGUGCAGUGGCACCAUCCUGACUCACUGCAACCUCCGCCUCUCAAGUUCAAGCGAUUCUUGUGCCUUAGCCUCCUGAGUAGCUGGGACUACAGGGGCACACCACCACAUCUUGACUAAAUAUUUUGUAUUUUUAGUAGAGACAGGUUUUCACCAUGUUGCCCAGGCUGGUCUUGAACUCCUAACCUCAGGUGAUCCGCCCACCUCAGCCUCCCAAAAUGCUGGGAUUACAGGCAUGAGCCACCGUGCCUGGCCACAGUUGUCCUUUAUAGAAGGCUACCACGUACUAGGGAACUUACUUCAUUUGCUCUGAUAGGACUCCCCCCAGCGCUGUGAGGUUGCUAUAUUAUCUGCAGAAACUGGGGCUAGGAGAGGCUAAGUAACUUACCUGAAAUCAUAUAGUUAAUAAGUGGAAGGGCUGAAAUUAGAGGCCAGGUAGUCUACCCUCAAAACCUAUACUCACCCCAUGCUCACUGCCCUUUGAGGAUGAGAGCUUGCACCUGCAGAAGGUCAUGGGCCUCAUGAGUGUGGGCCCAAAGCCCAGGCUUGGGAAUAGAUUGGUACUGACAUGUCCAGGUGUUCCCAAACCCAGUAGGGAGGUCCAGAUGGCUGGAGGUCAGGAUUCCAGUGGGUCAUUGGGUAAGGAGAUUUGGAAUCUGUCCCUUAAGAGGUCCUGUUGACAUCAGGAGCCCUGUGAGUGAAUGAUGGAGGCCUUAAAAAGAUGUGAGCAUCUGAAAAUUAGCUGGACAUGGUGGCAUGUGCCUGCACUCCCAGCUACUCAGGAGGCUGAGGCAGGAGGAUCACUUGACCUCAGGGGGUUGGGCUGCAGUGAGCUGCAAUUGCACCACUGCACUCCAGCCUGGGUGACAGUGAGAACUUGUCUCUAAAAAGAAGUGAGCAUCUGAGACUACCCCUAGAGAUUUCGAUUUUACUGGGGUGGUGCCCAGGCAAUGAUAAUUUAAUAGGUAAUGAGAAGAGGGAGGUGGAACUUAGAGACCUGCCCACAGGUUGAUGCAGAAGAAAUCAGAGAGGCUGGCAGAAAGGAGGGAGGAAACUAGGUCAGGAGUAAAGCUGUCUCAGGAAUAAGGAACAGCAGCUGCGUCAAAAGGAAGAGAACCAGGCUCUUAGUGAGGACGGGGCUGUCCCCUGACCUUUGUCUCUGGGCUGUGGACAUUGGCAGAGGUGGAGGAGAAUGACUCGGUGUAGGGAGGUGUGCUGUUAAGAAGAGGAAUAGCAGGGCAGUAGAUUGUUCUUUGAAGCUUUGGGCAUUCUCUGAAUGGGUGAGGAAGGAAGACUGGGGAGACCUAGAUUCAGGCUUGCGGAUUCUAGAGAGAGAAAGAAGGGGAGGCCGGGCGCGGUGGCUCAUGCCUGGAUUCCCAGCACUUUGGGAGGCUGAGGCAGGUGGAUCACCUGAGGUUGGGAGUUUGAGACCAGCCUGGGCAACAUGGUGAAAUCCCGUCUCUACUAAAAAUACAAAAAUUAGCUGAGCGUGGUGAUGCACGUCUGUAAUCACAGCUACUCCGGAGGCUGAGGCAGGGAAUCGCUUGCACCCGGAAGGUGGAGGUUGCAGUGAACCAUGAUCACACCACUGCUCUCCAGCCUGGGCGACAGAGCGAGACUCUGUCUCAAAAAAAAAAAGAAGAAGAAGUAUAGCUGGUGCAGUUUUGUUACCGGCAUAGUAAUUAUGCAAAUAAAGCAAACACAAAAAGAAAAACAAGAGAAGCACAGCUGGUGAACGUAUCCUACCCAGCUACUCCUGACGUCACAGGAUGUCUAAUCCUGAUUGGGCAACCAAAGGGAGGUGGGACUUAAGGAAGCUUCCAACUCGUAUUUACCGAGCAGGUAGUAGGUCUCAAGCCGAAUCAGAAAAUCGCCUGUAGGCGAGCGUAUCACGAGGCCAAGACCAUUCAGGCCAACAUGGUGAAACACCGUCUCUACUAAAAAUGCAAAAAUUAGCCGGGUAUGGUGGCACGCGCCUGUAGUCCCAGCUACUUGGGAGGCUGAGGCAGGACAAUCGCUAGAACCCGGGAGGCGGAGGUUGCAGUGAGCCGAGAUUGUGCCACUACACUCCAGCCAGGGUGACAGAGCGAGACCCCGUCUCAAAAAUAAU